AGACCUUUGCUGCACUGGAGAAAUACGAGACAAGGCCUUGUUUUGAGAGAAAAAUGGACGUCACAGUUAAAUUACAAUGAUGAUACAUGUGUGGCAUUAAUCUCAUAACUCCACAGGACAAAGCAUGGAAGAUGAUGAAGACAGAAGCUGUGUGGGUGCUAGUCCAACAGCGCAAAGUGAUUUACCACAUUCAGUGGCAAGAACACAGAAUUCUGGCAAAAUAAACUGCAGUACUGAGUAUGAGCAGAUAUUAGUCGAACAGUGCAGCUCAACGGAAGAAUCAUCAGAGAGGGCACAGGAUCCAGGUUCCAUUUCUUCCCCAUGUCAUCAUUACCUCAUGACUACAAAGGAGCUUCAGUUAUAUUGGUUAAAGGAGAAACAUGAAAGAAAACCAGUGAAACUUCUCUUUGAAAUCCCGUCCACCCGCAUUGCUGAGGAUUUCCUGUCCAAGUUUGUGGUAUACAAAAUUAUCAUUGUUUCAACUGGAAGUUUUGAUGAAAAUAAAGUUUUUAUCGAAAGGAGAUACUCGGACUUUGAGAAACUUCACCGGAACUUGCUAAAAGACUUUAAAGAAGAAAUGGAAGAUGUUUUGUUUCCCAAAAAAAUAUUGAUGGGAAAUUUGACAGAGGAACUUAUCAGAAAGAGGAUUUUGGCUCUUAAAGACUACUUGGCAGAACUCUACACCAUAUCCUGUGUAAGAAAAUCCAAGAAAUUCAUGGAGUUCUUUACCAAACCAGAAGAAGAAGAAGGUUACAGCUGUCUUCGAGGAGGCGAAUAUGGGAGAGCAACAGAACUCUUUCAUCAAGUUGUGUGUCUAAAGGAACGGUUAACCUUGCAUUGCCCCGCUGUAGUAGUUCCAUCGAUGUGUGCGCUUGUGGUUUGCCAUAAAGAUAUGGACAAUCUAGAUAAAGCUUAUGAAGUGGGAAUGAAAGCACUGACAAUUCUAGAGAAACACACUGGGCAUAGAUAUUAUGUUCCACUGCUAGACACAUUGAUUUCAUUGGCCUAUAAGAUUGGCAAGGAUUUUAUGUCUUUAAGGGAACGCUUGGAGAAAGAGGAAAGAAAGGUAAAAAACAUUGAACAUAUGUCUGUUUCAUUAAAGGAGUUGGCAGUACAGGAGUGCAUUGAGUAAUUUGAAGAGAAUUGACAGAAUUAAGAAUAAUAAUAUCAAGGUAUUCACCCAGCAAAAGGUACAUUUAGUUUG